CCCAGAAUUCCCUAGCCCUGAGCCAGGGCAGUUAACGGUCUCAAACUGGGUUACGUCUGCGGUGUGUUUUAGACCAAAGUGGUGUCAAACUGGAUUAUUUCUACAGUGCAGUGAACAUUCAUAAGGCCUAAUAUCUCUCGGAAUUCCUUCACUUGACAUCUUUUUCUCCUCACUCAGGAACUAGGCCUCAAGAAAACCAUUGCUGAGGGGCUGAGGCAAAGCGUUAACAAAAUGGAGGAAGAGUGGUGGACAUUUCACAACUGAGGGCAGCCUCCAGAGAUGCCUCAGACGAGGCCAAGUUUCCUCCCUGCAAGCAUUUCUCGCCUUUUCUUUUAAGACAUUAUUGUUGUGUGAGAGACAACAACAAAACUCCUCACUCCAACAACUGAGGGAAAGGAGGAGUUACCUUUCUCACACCAUUAUUGUUUCUUCUCAGUAUUGAGAGACAUCCCAAGCAUUUGGUUUACAAAAUGAAUGACCUUAUCUCAAAUGACUUGGACAAGCUACUGCUAAAGUUUGUUUUUCAGCUUGAGCAAGCAUCUCAUGCCAAGGAAUAUGAGAGACAACAGAUCCAGAUAUAUUCAGCAAAUAUUGUGGCAAAGAAAGGAGAAAUCUGUCAGCUGCAGGAAGAUAUUCACAAAAAUAAUGAGGUGAUUGUUAGUCUUCAGAAACAACACAAUAACAAUAAGAAGAACUGUGGCACCUGGAAACCAUCAUACAUGAUUCUUAGUAAACAUGAAGAAUAUUUGCAGAAGGAACUUCAGAAUUAUCAAGAAACAACAGAAAAAGACAGGAAAAUGUACCAAGAUUAUAUGCAUCAGUAUCAAGAGACAUUCAAGCAGCACCAAGCAAAAUAUGCACAAACUACAAUUGCUCAGGAACAUUACCAGGAAAAAAGGGAAUAUGAAGAAAUCCAAAGCCGAGUUCUGAAACAAUCUGAACUAUUUCAACAGAAAGAAGCUCAACUGAAAGAUCUUCAAGAUCCUGGUCGGUUUCAAUCACUUUCCUCCUGGGCUUUACAGAUUGCUUCUUUGAGGCAGAACACAAAAGAAACUCUUAAGCAUGCAGUGGAUCUCAGGCAACAAUCACUUCAACUAGACAAAAUAACAGAAGAACUAGAAAAGAAAAUGAAUUAUACUAAGCAGCAACCGGAAAAGAUUAAAGAUGAUCUAAAGCAUCCCGAAGAUCAAAAUCUCCAUGAAGUGGCAGUAGAGAAAAAUGAAAAAAAUCUAGAAGCAAGCUUAUUCAUAAAGAGUCAUACUCUGUUAACUAUGAAACAGCAGGCACGUACACCAUUGCAUCUCCCUGGCAUUACUCAGAAAGUAGUCAAAAGUAUACCAACUCUAAAGCCAUUGUUUCAACAGAGAGAAACAGAGACAGGUGUGGAAGAGAAAGAAAAUCCUGCAGGAAAUUCAACAGUGACCAGCAUGUACUUCAACCAUAUGGAAAGUGAAAUACAGAAAUGUAGUGACAUAGAAGGAACCAACAUUGCAAAAACUGUCCAAGCUUCAUCCAUCACAAGCUUUCAAAACCAAACACCAUUCAGGUUGCUAUCUUAUCAGAAGAAACCAAACAGCAAGCAGUGGUUUGAGAAUGAGGCUACAGAAAAAGAAAAUAAUACUGACUGGACAGAAAAGGAAGGAGGAAAUAAGUCAAAAGAUUCUACAUAUGUAUCUCAAGAUGGGCUGGGAACAGGUUGUAUUAAUGCAACUGGACAUCCUUCUGCAGAAGGACAAGAAAAUGCUGAAAACUUUCCAAGGACACCGGAGCCUAGCGGAGCUUCAAAUACUCUUAAUACUCCUAGAGUAGAAACUACAUUUGACUUACUUGAGACAGAAAGCGAAGGAUCAACAUCCAAGUCUCCUGGUUUUUCUUUUCUUACUGGUUUUACUGGAAAGUCGCCUGGAUUUAAUUUCUUUGAUUCUUCUACAUUUGGAACUGAAAUUUUACCUGAACACCAGGUAGGUGAGAGCUGUUCUGCUGGACCUAUAAAUCCUACUUACCCAUGCAAAAACAUUGGAGAUUUGUUUGGGAAAAUGGGCAACGAAGAUUCAUUUGCAUUUUCCUUUCCACCCUGCUCUUCUGCUCAAGCUUUUCAAGAUGGAAAAGACGACUUCAGUUUUCCCUUUGUGUUUGAAUCAUCUGAGCCCUCAUCUCUAAAAGUCUUUCAAUCUUCCCCACAAAGCAAAAAGCCAUUUUCAUUUUUUUGAAUAGAUUCCUUCAUUGGAUUUAGAGUUCUAGUGCAGCUUGUCCUUAUCAAAUGUGUUUAGUUUACUAUAUAAAUUAAAAGGAAAGAACCAAAAAAAAAAAGAAUGGAUAAAAGUUCCAAGUGGUGAAGUUUUUACAUCUGGUUUCAUCAAUUUUAUAUGGCUUAAUUUUAGAGUAUAAAUGCCAUGGGUCCCAUUUAUUUAAAUGUUUAAUAAAUUCUUUCUUUGAGAGGCAUAUGUAGAAUAAUCUUCAAAGCUUAAUUUGAAAAUGUCCUCUUCCAAAAGUUUGGUACAACUUGUUAAGAAUUCAAUCGUCAGUCUCUGUAGCCCUCUUAGAAGGGGAGCAGUUCUCAUAACUUUGUUGCAGUGUAUUAUGGCAACAGAAUGUCUGUCAUUUUAAAUAGUUGUUUUCAAUGUUUGCGAAUAGUUUCCUGUAAAGCAAUUUUAAAUAAAUAUUUAACUUUAUUAAACUAUUCCUAUUUUUUUCAUAGGACCAAAAUGAUUUAUUGAAUGCUGUCCU